AUGUCUGGCACCAACCCUUUCCGCCGUAAAACCACUGAACAGAACUCUCAUCUUCCAAUUGGGCCUGUCCAUAACGCCUUUGAAAACGAUGAUACACCGGAACCUCGGAUCCCACCCAUAGAUACAGACCUCCCACGCCUAACGAAGACCAAGACUGGCAAGACUGUUCGAAUCAUCUCACCGCAUUCUGCCACAUCCGACGGCGAAGAUGGCAUGCCACACAGAUUCUUCUCCCCUCCGCCCAUCCUUCCCUCCUCUCCACCAUCAGAUCUGCUGUCUCCCCAAAGCAUCGAGGAUGACUCGCCAGAAGACCCUUUCAACGCGGAAUCCGACGGAACAGGCGGCAGCACAAAGGAUGAGGGUACGCGGCAGAAUACCUUGAGCAAUUCAGGCAACCUCCGGUUAAUUACUGGAGGCGUAAGCGCGAUGCCAACGAACCCAUUCAAGAAAACGCUCGCCAGUCUGAGUACAGAGAGCAGACCGGGUCCUCCAAGCCCAGGCAGCGAAGGCCGUUCGAUGGGAGCGGAGCCCAAGACUACACGACCGCAUUACGAUGUAGACGAUUUUAAGAAGUUGUUGUUGACCGGUGAAAAGAGUGUAUCCGGAGCAAAUGCGGCGGUCGCACCUCCAGUCAGCUUCCAGAGCCCGGCCCACGUUGGUGAUAGCAGUAGCAACACAGAUGCGUCCUCGAUAUCCCGCCAGUCUAUCUUCGAGCCGGUUUCUGGGCCUCUUCAGGAUUCACCACGGACGUCCCAUGAGAGUGUACCGUCGGACGACGAGCGGCAGCGGCUGGUAGGGAGCAUACCAACCGCUUCUGAAAGGAUUAAGCCGUCGACUCCGAAGCGUCGGCAUGGCAAGCUCGUCAAACCGACCGCUCCUCAAACGGUAUCUUUCGAAGACCCCUCCCUAUCGUUUUCCGAUUCUGUGAUGAGCGCGAUCGCGCCAGUAGAUCGAUCCAUGCCAGGGACUCCUGGUGAUGUAGAUAAGCCGCUACCGCCUCUACCGCCCCCUCCGAAUACCCAGCCCUUAAUGCAGAGCCCCAUUCAAACUACGGAUACUGAUGUGCGAGCCUCAUAUUUUGAAUCCGAAGACGCACCGUCUAGCAACACUGCACAGAAGCGCAGCCCACCAGCCCCGCCACAUUCACGAAGACAUAGCCAGCUAAGAGCAAAGCCUUUUGCGAGCAGUAGCGAGCGAUCAACGCCGAUAACAGAAGAAACCCUAAUGGAAUCAACACUAUUGUCCCAAUCUCCUCCAACGGCAAUUUCAAAAGCGCCCCCUCCACCUCCACCUCGCCGUGCUGGUCUAGUCCGCGGGAAUUCAUCAUCGUCGAUGUCUACGGGCGCAUUUUUCACUCCAAUGUCUGAUCAAUCCAACCGCACUGAUGUCAAUACGCCAUCUGCCAAACCUCGACCUCCAGUACCACCCAAUCGAAGUCCCUCAGUGUCAUCAGUGAAACGACCCAAUCAGACACAGUUCAUCCCUGGAUCCCCCUCCAUGGCACCACCACCGCCACCUAGAAGGAGGGGUUCGAGUCAGAGCAGCUACACGCCCUCACGGCUCAGCGGACAACGUCUGAGAAGUGAUUCUGGCGCUUCUUCGAUAUCCCACCUUGCUAUGACACCAGUGGGCCCAAGUGGCGCCGAAAACAAAGAUGUGAUGGCCGACUUAUCGGCCUUGCAACGGGAAGUUGAUGAGCUUCGGGGGAAGUUCAAGGAUUGA